AUGGAGACGGAAUCCGUCAAAUCCGCCUUGAGCGAUCAGAGUUCGAAAUCUCGAAAGUCCAGACGCAGGAAUAGUCAUAAAAACCAUUCCUUAAGAAGUACUAGAAGUCGUAAAUUAGACAACGGUAUGGCCCCUUUUCAAACUGCUGUAACUCUAAAUGAUGAUUCUAGAGAUGGACAAGAAGUUAUCGAAGUUCAAAUUCUGCCACAGGAUGAAAAUUGGGGAGAAAAUACAACUGCUGUCACUGGGAAUACUUCAGAACAAUCAGAAUCACUAGAAGAUGUAAGUCAGUGGGCCAAUGACAGCGACACAGGGUUUGGGUUUGCCUGUCAAAAAUUUAUUACAACCACCUUGACUGGAUUUAUUUCUGCUGCAGCAUUUUUAAGUCCUUUAGCAAUGGUUGUCCUUCCAAAAAUCGGUGUUUUUAGUGCUUUAAAUCCUGCAAACACUGUUAGUCAGCAACACAGAUUAGCUUUAUUAUCUUGCGGAGCAGAGUGCAAAGGUUUAUUAGUUUCUUUAGCAUUUAAGUUAGUUCUUUUGGCUGCUGGUGCCUGGGCAGUUUUUCUCAGGGGAGCAGUUGCAACAAUGCCUAGGAUAUUUUUAUUUAGAGCUGCCGUAUUAAUUUCAGUAUUUGUGUGCACUUUUACUUAUUGGCUUUUUUAUAUCGUUCAGGUUACUGAACAAGCUGCACUUGCCUCAGAACCUGAUGCUGUAAGGUAUUCAUCUCUUGUGUCUUAUGCUAGCAGUUUAAACGAUACACUCCUGUUUAUUUUAUUCAUAGCCGUUGUGUUACUAGAAAUAAAACAUUUACAACCGACUUAUUAUAUCAAGGUUGUAAGAAGUCCAGAUGGUGAAAGUAGAUCUUAUGCAGUUGGUCAACUUAGUAUUCAAAGAGCUUCCGUUUGGAUUCUUCAAAAGUAUUACACUGAAUUUUCAAUAUAUAAUCCAUAUUUAGAACGCCUUCCGGUUUCUAAAUCUCGAAAAGGAAAUGGUUCAAGCUUUAAGUUUUACGAAGUCGAUGGGGUUGCCAACAACACAUUACAAAAUAGCCAAUCAAGAGCCAUGUUGGCAGCUCAUGCUAGAAAAAGAGAUUCAAGUCAUAACGAACGUUUUUACGAAGAACACGAAUAUGAAAGAAGAGUCAAAAAAAGGCGAGCCAGACUUGUGACUGCUGCUGAAGAAGCUUUCACACAUAUAAAACGAUUACACAACGAUCAAGUGCCAGGAAUUCCAAUGGAUCCCACCGAAGCAGCUCAAGCAGUAUUUCCCUCUCUCUCGCGAGCUCUUCAAAAAUAUCUACGGGUAACUCGUCAACAACCUCGUCACACCGUCGAUUCAAUAUUGAGUCAUUUGGCCAUGUGUUUGAGACACGAUUUGACUCCUAGAGCUUUUCUCGAACCAUUUUUAGUGCCUGCACCCGUCAUGCAAAACGAAAAAGAACAAAAACCCGUUCAAUCUUGGUCUCUUGUGUGCGAAGAACUUCUCUCACGUCCUCUCAGACACGGUACGACGUUUCAAUUGAGGCAGAAUGACGUUUCACUUCUGUGUCAAGUAAGAACAUUGCCACAUUUUCACAUAAUCGAAGAAAUCAUGGAUCCAAAAUCUAAUAAAUUUGUUUUGCGAAUAAAUUCAGAGACUUCCGUUUGA